GCUGCCACGUACAGGUUCCCGGGCGGCAGCAAAAUUUUGUCGCCACUGGCUCUUUCCUUCUUGUUUCCUGGUAACUUUUUUUUUUUUGGGUAUAAUGUUUCCAGGAAACUUCAGUACUCCGCCUUUAUGAAUAUCCAUCAAACUUGUUGAAUUCCAUGCAUAUGGCAUCCUUCCUUGGUAUAAAUUAUAAUUGCGUUCCUUCUUUUCCACAUUGUAGGUUACGCAGUUGGAGGGAGUGAUUCAUUUCGCCAACCAAUCAAGCUGAUCGUAAGGGGCUUAAUACUGGAGGAUUCUUAAUCUAAGGGUAUAUAUGGAUGCUGAGUGUUGAAAAUAUAUCCCAUCUGAAGAAGUGGUAUGUUCAAUCAUUCUUAGGGAAAGGUUGCAAUUGAGGAGGUGAUAUCAUGUCGACGACAUCCAUAGUGUCAGCUGUUCCUGAGCAUACUCCAACCAUUCUGUCAUGCUUCCCAGCUCGAGUGACUUCACCUUCACCACAGGGACCAUCAACCUCCAAGGAAGCAAAAUCGCAACAUACCCCUCCAACAAAAUACGUGCCUCUGUACAAAGCUGCGUUAAAAGGUGAUUGGGCUACUGCAAAGAUGUUCCUGAUAUGCAAUCCAGGUGCAGAUAGAGCUCCAAUUACAGAUGGUCAUGAGACAGCUCUUCACAUUGCAGCAGGAGCAAGACGAGUUGAGUUUGUGGAGGAGUUAGUGAAAUGGAUGCAACCACAUGAUCUUGUACUGAAAAACAAAUUUGAUAAUACAGCACUGUGUUUUGCGGCUGCAUCUGGAAUCACUCAAAUUGCAAAGGUGAUGGUAGCAAAGAAUCCAACUUUACUGGCGGUUCGAGGUUGUAAACGAAUGACACCACUGAAUAUUUCUGCUUUACUAGGCAAUCGAGACAUGGUGUGGUAUCUUUACUCUGCAACAGGGGACUCUGUUCUUACAGAGGAGGAUAGAAUUUCUCUGCUUAUCGCAACCAUUACUACAAAUUUGUUUGAUGUAGCGUUGGACCUCCUAAAUAAGUAUCCUUCGUUAGCAAUUGCUCGAGAUGGAAAUGGGGAGACUGCUCUGCAUGCGUUGGCUCGGAAGCCCUCUGCUUUUGCCAGUGGAUGCAAUUUUGGUGUUUGGCAAAGAUUUAUCUACUUGUGUGAUCAUGUGGAAGUUUCUAACAUUGCAAGAGAUGAGAAGGACCAACAAGUUGCUCGAGGUUUCCUUACUCCUGCAGUUCAGUGCUUGAAUGGAUUGCUUUGGAAAACCUUGAAUUUACUAGUCCCAAGUGUCAUGCUGGUUCAUGAUACAAAGGUGAUGAACAUCCAAGCCCUAGAAGUGGUGAAGUUCAUUUGGAAUGAGAUCUUAUUAUUGAAGAGUUGGCAGAUAUCAUCCAUACUUGCAGAGCCUUCAAGACCACUAUUCACUGCUGCAGAGUUGGGUAUUGUUGAAUUCAUAACUGUGCUUAUUCAAUCUUAUCCUGAUCUAAUUUGGAAAAUCGACGAUGAGAGUAGAAGCAUAUUUCAUACAGCAGUUGCAUAUCGUCAAGAAAAGAUUUUCAACCUCAUCUAUGAUAUUGGUGCACUCAAGGAUUUAAUAGCAUCCUAUGUUGAUUCUAAUGGCAAUAAUAUGCUACAUUUGGCUGCAACACUAGCUCCUUCAUCUCGACUCAAUACAAUCUCUGGUGCUGCCCUUCAAAUGCAAAGAGAGUAUCAAUGGUUCAAGGAAGUGGAAAAGAUUGUUCUACCUCUUUACACAGAAACAAAAAACUUGGAGGUGAGAACACCAGCUAUGAUGUUCACAGAGGAGCAUGCAAAUCUGGUUAAACAAGGGGAGAAGUGGAUGAAGAAUACUGCAUCAUCAUGCAUGGUGGUAGCCACACUCAUCGCAACAGUGGUGUUUGCUGCAGCCUUUACCGUACCAGGUGGAAAUAAUAAUACCAAUGGCACUCCUAUUUUUAUAGAAGCCAAAUCCUUCAUGGUUUUUGCCAUAUCAGAUGCAUUGGCACUUUUCUCUUCGGCUACUUCAGUUCUGAUGUUUCUAUCUAUUCUUACCUCACGCUACGCUGAAGAAGAUUUUGCCAAGUCCUUACCAAAACGAAUGACGAUUGGGCUUGCAACACUGUUUGUUUCUAUAGCGACCAUGAUGAUAGCCUUCAGUGCAACACUUGCUAUUGUUCUUGACAGUAGGAUGACAUGGGUUGCGAUUCCAAUUGCUUUAUUUGCUUGUGUACCAGUUACAGUAUUCGCUUUGCUACAAUUUCCCCUUUUCAUUGAUAUGAUUCGUUCUACAUAUGGGUUUGGAGUCUUUAAACGAUCGGCCAAACCCAUGCUUUAUUAGCUCGUUUAGACCCAUAAUACUGUAAAUUAAUUUUUUUUUCAUAUAUAAUGGAAUUGAUCUUAUCACUAUUGCA